GUCCGUGGUACCGGGGAGCGACCGCGGCAGCUCCCAGGGCAGGGCCCGGCUGGGGCUGGGGCGAGCGCAGCGCCCUCCCGAGCAACCCCCGCGGCGCCUGCUCGCGGCUCAGGGGGAAGGGGAGGAGGAAGCGCGGGUGGGGACGGGACGGGACAAGCCCUGCUGACGGUGGCUGCAGCGGGCGAGCGGAGAGCAGCGGAGAGCGAGGCGGGCACGGCUCGGCACGAUAUAAUGUCUGCUCCAGGUGGCAACCCUGUCCCAUCUGCACCACCUUCUUAUGAGGAAGCUGUAGGCAUCAAUAUGAACUAUCCUCACCCCUAUCCCGUCCCUGGCCCUGCCCAGAAGCCAGAUGGGAAGGGAAUGAACCCUCCCCCACACAUGGGACAGCCUCCACCAGCAAAUAACCCCAUUACUGUUCAGACGGUGUAUGUCCAGCAGCCAGUACUGUUUUAUGACCGCCCAGUUCAGAUGUGCUGCCCUUCCUGUAACCAGGUGAUAGUGACACGUCUCUCGUAUGACUCAGGAGCUUUGACCUGGCUGUCAUGUGGUGGCCUCUGCCUGCUGGGGUGUAUAGGAGGCUGCUGCUUAAUUCCCUUCUGCAUUGAUGCCCUGAAGGAUGUGGAUCACACCUGUCCAAAAUGUGGUGCUCUUCUUGGUUCUUACAAACGUUUAUAGGCAGUGUUUAAACAUUGAUUGAUGAAGUUCUUCAGCACCUCUACAAGCCCUCUCUGAAGCUUCAUGGAGACUUCAUGUUUUUUCUGUGCAUCCUUUCACUGGAAACCAAUAAAAAGUGAUGUUUGUUGCUGGA